GUGCUCGGGAUGGCUCCCUAACCAUGCGAAGUGCGGGCGGGGGGGAAGCCGAGUCCGCCAUGUUGGCUCCUGGCAGGAGACGGUUUACUAACACACGGUGACUAUGGACAACCGCCGUACAUGUGAGAGCAGAGCGGAGCCGCCCGUCACCGGACAGCCGUCCCCCUCCCGGUGUGCAGCAUGACCCGCACCCCCAGCCCCGGGGGACCCCGCCCCAUCAGGUCCACAAUGCCGCAGGUCUGCGAAACCAGAUUUGGGCGGGGCCGCGACUCCUUGCCGAUCACCUCCCAACCUUCCACCGCCGGCAAAAUCCUCACCUCUCUCCGUACCGUCAGCCAAGAACGAACGGCCGUCUCCGGCACGGUUUUCAGCAACGGCUUCCCGAAACGGCGGCCCCUGCCCCCGCCUCCGGUGCUGGAGGAGAAGAUCAAGGUGGAGCGCGGACGCAGCACUCAGAGGGCGGAGUCCUCCAGCAGGAAGGGGCCGCUGAAGGCCGACCACUUGCUGGCAGUCGGCAGCAGCGGCGCUCCCGCCAUUAAACCGCCGUCUCAGCCUCUCGCGUCCAGGACGGGAAGUCUGUCCAGGUCCAAAUCGGUGAGCUAUGGAGACCUGAGCUCCGCCGGAAGCAAAGUGGAGGAGAUCAGCAGAGGACUGUCCCGGGUGACGCUCAGGCAGCGGAGCGCCUCCUCCAGUAGGAAGCCGCCGUUGGACCCCGCCGUGCUGAAAAGGAGCAGCUCGCUGAAGAGGCUGAAUUCCUUACCGGCGGUGGAGGCGCCGCGCAAACCUAGCUCCGUCUCCGUGACGCCAGUACGGGCAAGCGCUGCAACCAAACCGGCACGGCAAGAGACAGAGGACAGGAAAGACUCUCAUCAGGCCCGACCGGCCUGCAGCUCGCCGACUACAGAGACGCCGACCGCCAAUGGUACGAAGACGCAGGAGAGGCGACCGUCAUCAUCGACACCGGUACAUGUGCCAGAGCCUCCUCGGGUUCCCGUCCUCGGAUCCGGCCAUGUUGGGCUGCGGAAUUUGGGCAACACGUGUUUCCUGAGCGCCGUCCUGCAGUGUCUGAGCCGAACCAAACCGCUCCGGGAUUACAUCCUGCGCCAGGAAUAUCGCCAUGAGCAACACACAACCUGCCGGACACAGCAGGAGCUCACUGAAGCCUUCGCUGAUGUCAUCGCCUCCUUGUGGAGCCCGGAGGCUCCGGAGGCAGCGAACCCAUCCCGUCUACGAGCCGUCUUCCAAAAAUACGUCCCGUCCUUUAAUGGAUACAGCCAGCAGGACGCUCAGGAAUUCCUCAAGUUCUUCAUGGACCGGAUCCACGUGGAGAUCAACAGGAAGUGCAGGAAAACUCCCAGCAUCCUCUCUGAUGCCAAGCGGCCCGUGUCCCUGGAGCCUCAGGACUCCCUCAAUGACGAGGAACGAGCCAAUCUGAUGUGGAAGAGAUAUCUGGAGAGGGAGGACAGCAAAGUUGUAGAUCUCUUUGUGGGUCAGCUGAAGAGUUGCCUUAAGUGCCAAUCGUGUGGCUACCGAUCACCGACCUUCGAGGUGUUCUGUGAUCUCUCCCUCCCCAUCCCCAAGAAAGGUUUCAGUGGCGGGAAGAUCUCCCUAUAUGACUGUUUCAGCCUGUUCACCAAGGAGGAGGAGCUAAAUUCAGAGAACGCCCCCAUCUGCGAUCGAUGCCGGCAGAAGACCAAAAGCACAAAGAAGCUCACAAUCCAGCGCUUCCCCCGAAUACUCGUCUUGCACCUCAACCGCUUCUCCACCACGCGCUUUUCAAUCAAGAAGAGUUUGGUGUCUGUGGAGUUCCCCGUCCACCGGCUCAACCUGAAGGACUUCGCCAGCGAGAAGGCCGGGAGCCCCGUGUAUAACCUCUACGCCCUCUGCAACCACUCGGGCAGCGUCUACUACGGCCACUACACCGCCUACUGCAAGGACCCGUCCGGCUGGUACUCCUACAACGACUCCAGGGUGACGCCCAUCAGCGAGAGCCUGGUGCAGUCCAGCGAGGCCUACGUCCUGUUUUAUGAACUAGAAGACUCCUGUCCGAAGAAGUGACUGGUAGGGGACAACCCCCGAGGUAUCACCUGACCCCGCCCCUCCACCGCCUCCUUCCCGGGAGGGGUCAGCAUUGCACUAGCAGAAGGACUUUAGCAAUAAAACGGUCCCAGCGAGUUGGUUUAACAACUUUCGACUGGACCAAAGACUUGAUUUUUUUUUUUGGUUUAUUUUAUAAGAGACGUCCGUUGUUCUGGGCCGCCGCGGCCCGCCACGCACAAGGUCACCGGAGUCCGGCUUCAAAGGUCAAAGACAGGUCAUCUGCGCUCAAAACUAAAACUUUAUCGGCAAAGCUGUUGAGGUCACUGAAGAGAACCUGUUAUUGUUUUGGCUUCUGUCACCGGAGAUGGGAGGAGCUUGUAAUAUGAAGAUUAGCUGGUGUGUUAUACCUGGAAAAAUGUGUCGGGGCCCACCCACUUUCAAGGUCACUGGGAGUCAUCCUGUCUGAGCCCGCCCACCUUUAAGGUCACUGCCAGUCAUACUGUCUGAGCCCGCCCACCUCUAAGGUCACUGGGAGUUGGUCAUACUGUCUGGGCCCGCACACCUUUCACUGGGAGUCAUACUGUCUGGACCCACCCGCCUUUGAGGUCACUGGGAGUCAUACUGUCUGAGCCCGCCCACCUCUAAGGUCACUGGGAGUCAUACUGUCUGGGCCCACCCACCUUUAAGGUCACUGGGAGUUGGUCAUAUUGUCUGGGCCCGCACACCUUUCACUGGGAGUCAUACUGUCUGGACCCACCCACCUUUGAGGUCACUGGGAGUCAUACUGUCUGAGCCCGCCCACCUCUAAGGUCACUGGGAGUCAUACUGUCUGGGCCCGCCCACCUUUAAGGUCACUGGGAGUUGGUCAUACUGUCUGGGCCCGCACACCUUUCACUGGGAGUCAUAGUGUCUGGACCCACCCACCUUUGAGGUCACUGGGAGUCAUACUGUCUGAGCCCGCCCACCUCUAAGGUCACUGGGAGGCAUACUGUCUGGACCCAC